CUUUCUUGCUUAGCUGCUGAGCGAUUAUGUUUUAUGCAAGAUUGGAGCAAUAGUUUUAACAAAAAGGGAGAAAUGAGGUGUGAAAGGUUUGACGGAUAUUACUACGUCGUCGGCUUUGAACGGGAUGGGACGGACAACUUAAAUGGAAUAAAGAAAGCUAAGUGUUGCUUGCGAGAUCAAGCUUUCUGGAACACGCCAACACAAUGCCAAAUGCCUGACUGGAUCACCAAAAUGGAUGGGUGAGAAACAUAUUUGGUUUCACAUUUUGAAAUCCAUUUCAGAGUUUAUCUUGGCCUUUGUAGGUAAAAGUGAUUCCCUAAAAAUACAUCAGAAAAACAAGGAAACUACAUUAUGAAGCCAAGGUUAAAUAAAUAUCUUUUAUGACGUCAUAAAAGGUGGCGUUAUCUGAAUAAAAAGUGUUGCACAACAUGGAACGGCUUCAAAAUUCUGCGAAAUUCCCGCCGUGACCAAUAUAUCGAUCAAUUGAUUAAGGUGAUUCCACCGAAUUGCAUUGCGCAUCCUUGCUGCGCACGAUUUUCGAGGCAUUAGCGUGCGCGAACGAGCGCGUGCAUAUACGCAACAUUAAUUUCCUUCAAGCUAAGCUCGACGGCGAAAUAUAUAUUCCUUUUCCCCAAAAAAGGCACAGUCACAUUCACUAGUUAAUGCAUCAAUUUAAUGACAUAUGGUUGAGUACGAUUUGUCGCGAUUUACGGCAAAGUUUAAAAUUCUGGUUUGUGGUAUUUUUAUUUGAAUUCUGUACAGAAUUUUAGGAAUUCUUAGGAAAUGCUGGUUAUGUGCGCACGCAGAGCAUUCUUCCAUUUUCCCUUUUUUCCAUUCUUCCAUUUGCUUCAUAGCUUACAGAGGUUAUAUGACUGAGAAAUUACUUCAUUGUGAUUGGCUGAGAGCAGGCCAAUUUAUCAUUAAUUUUCAACUUGCACUGCAGUGAAAAUUAACGCGCGCGCGUUCUUAAUCUUAUCAGUCUUAUUAUAAAUGAGUAAUCGUAUGAAAGUUCGAGCAACUAAGGAUUUACACAACUCGUGAUAUUUAAAAAUUCUUUCAAAUUGUAGUCGCCUAAAGGCUCGUGCAAUUUUGAGAGAAUUUUCAAAUAUCACUCGUAGUGUAAAUCCUUAAUUGGACGUACGAUUACCUACGCAAAUUAACGCUUCAUGAAAUUUACGCGAAUGUUAAAAAUUUGCGUAAUUAAAGUGGCAGUAACUUUUGUUAACGUUAAUUUCCGUGUCUUUGAUUAAGUUAAGGGUUAAUUUCCGCGACCUUAAUUUUCAUUAUUGUCGCUCCAGAUUCUCGAUACUAUGUCAUAUUACUUCGCUUAACUUAGUAACUUUAACUUAGCCAUAUUACUUAACUAUUAAGCCAUAUUAUGCCAUAUUACUUCUCGAUACUAUGCCAUAUUACUUCGCUUAUUAGUGGCCGGAUUACUUCGCUUAACCCCUACGUUUAGGGACAAUUCCACGAACACUGUCUGCAUUUCGAAUUUUUUUUUCUUGGUUUAAUAAGUCGCGUUUAUUUGCCUCAUUUACAAAUUUUAGCACCUCUUUCGCGUUAAUCUCUUUUAUUGGAAAGUAGCGUUUCCUCCAAUUGCCUUAAUUAAGACGAGCGUCUAUUUCCUAUGAGGAAAUCCUAAUUCCUUUCCAAUUUAGAUAGCUUACAAGGUAAGAUCAAAGUCUGUUUUGUUGAACGGCUUCAACUUUUUAAUGCAAGAAAUGACUUUUUUUCAGAAAUUAUGGUUCUCCUUCCUGAUGACUAGGGUUCCUAAGGAAAACCUCGGGGAUGAAAAAGUUACUACAACUGCCAUCCAUAUCGGGCAAAAAAGAGCACGGUGGACUUUUGCAAUAUUUAUAACAUAAUCACCAAGCGGCCCAAGUUUUACAAAAUUUGUAAUACUCCUUUCUUUCGAUGGACUCACCUUAAGUGAUUGGUAUUGAAGUCUUCAAUUAACUGUAUUUUAUCACUCUUGGUGCUUGGUGUUGUCAUCAGCAUUGGUGUAGCUGUUCUUUUUUUAUUUCGCCGUCCUAUUGUCAAUGUUACUGUUGUUGUUGUUGUUGUUGUUGUUGUUGUUGUUAGAGCAAUCGUUGUUAUUAUUAUUGAUAAUUAUUGAAAGGUGAUGAUGACGAUAUUGAUGGUGAUGACGAUGAUGAUGAUGAUGAUGAUGAUGACGACGAUUAUAACAGUGAUUAUUUUGUUAAAUGCUCUCUAGGACUGGAAUAAGCACAUGCCGACAAGGUUUUUAUCUCAGAGGACUGGCCCGCGGAGACAGCAGCAACGUCGGCAGCGUUGAUUGGGGCAUAUGCUGUAAAUCAUCUCAUCAUCCCUAUCGGUGGAGAGAUUGCUAUGACGAGGAUGUAAGCAACACUUUUAACAAAGCUGGUCUCAGUGAGUGCAAGGAAGAGGGAAGUUUCAUCGCUGGCUUCCAUACACAACGUUCUGGCGGCAAAUUGUCCAGCAUUAAAAAGUUUAAAUGUUGCAAAAUGGAGGAGGGUGAGUUAAGAGGUUACUCUAGUUUAAACUUACGUUAUGGUGGUAUUGAUGAAAUUUGGUACUACACAACUUACAUGUAAGUGCAGCCCCGAGACAACUAUCUCAAGUAUUCCUCCAGGCAUAUACAUGCAAGUACUGUCCUAUACCAACAGUUGUGAAAAAUUAACAUAGUCUGCUCUGGAAUGGGUUUUAGUUUCUAUUCACAAGUUUAAAUCGCUACUCAAAUGCUAUUAUAGCGGAAGUUAUUCUUCUGAUUAGCGUACUAACUUUAGAACGUCUUUUCUGGUCACGCAAAAACUAGCGUAUGGGAAAUCGCAUAUUUUGGACCCAGUUGGGCAAGGGUUCCAAGUAGUAAAUAUUUAACCAUCAAAGCUUGAAACAUCAAUUCAAAGUAAAAUUCUGCAAAAGUUACAAUUUUUGGUUUAAUUUGAUAUAAAAGGAGUUUAAGUAGCAGUAUAAAGGUCAGUUUAUGUUUUGUUUUUGUUUUGUUUUUUUUUUUGCGAUUAAGGAUUUUCUGUGAACAAUGAGAAACACAUUUGGAUCUUGUAGAAAAAGUGUACAUAUAAAACGGAAGUUCGUGGGCAAACCGCUUUUUAGAAGAGAAGAAGAAUGACUGGUGCCUUUCCUUUUUCUAGAAAUCCCCCAACUUAAGACACUAGACGAACUAAAGCAACGCGUUAUGGAUACCACAAUGGAUUACAUCGGUAAGCUGGCAAGCUAUAUGGGGUAUGCAUGGACUGGUGGUUGCUGGGCUGACAGAGCUGGCGAAGAUUUUCGAAAGAAAGGCGACACCUGGGAGUCGACAUACAGAGAGGAUCGGUGUGAACUUAAAGGAGGACCCAAGAAGGACGUUCGCUUAAAGAUUACGUACGAGAACUUUGCCUUCACAUUGAAAGAUGUGAAAUUUGGAGAGUCCAUCAAGCCCCCUAUUACCUUGGAUCAGGAAAAAGAAUUGAUGAAUUCCCCGGACAGAAGCUACAGCAAGGUCGUUACAAACAGAAAGAGUAACCUAGGUUAUUCAUCUGAAGUGCAUGUUGACAUUAGAGUAGCAAGUACCCUGAAAAAUGUCCAGCGAAGUAGCUGGGAUCAGCAUUUUGCAAUAGAAGCUGGCAUGGAGUAUGAGCCACCAACCGCAACUGGUGGGGUGGGGUUUUCCGCGAAAGCAAGUUAUAGUUACGGAUGGGGAGGAGAUCAAGAAGAAACCACCGUGAGUGACGACUGGCACAUUCUAAAGGUGGUUGAAAAGAAAGAACUUCCACCGAAAACCUUUGCUAAAUGGCAUGCAUUUAAAAAGCCCCAACAAGUGACCAUUCCCUACACAGCUACUAUCAUUCCCACAUUCUCUGUUAAACUGAAUGGCUACAUGAAAUGGGGAGAUGGUUACAACGGAGAUAAUACCAAUUUCCAUCAGGAUCAUCGCGGCUCUGGUGAUCGUGAGGAAGUCGAGCACAGCUUUGGAAGUGCCCAGAAACCUUUUUACGAAGACCUGAAAGACCAGGUCGAGCAGAACAUGCACCCCUGGCAAUGGCAUGCUAUGAAGCAAAGAUACCCAUACGCACAAUGGCACAUCGAUCGCCUGACAAAUAAAGAUUUCUAUGCAUUCACUUUGGAAGGCCAGUUUGAGGACACCACAGAAAAUGAGGUAAAGUCAUAUUGGUAUCCAUCACGAUCCAUCGACGAAAUGGAAGAUGCAAUGACGAAUUUGACUGCACAGGCCGACCAAGCGGAAAAGUUCACCGGGUUUCCACGCAUAUACCCUCCGACACCUAAGGUCAAGAUUAUUGACAACAGCAAGGAACUGGAAGUUCCUCCUGUUAAGAACUUUGACUACGAAGAUGAAGCAGAGCCUGAGCCUACCGUGUUUCCUCGCAUCCAUCCUCCCGCACCCAAGGUUAAACCCAUCGACAACAGUAAAGAGAUGAAGCCUCUUCCUGUUGAACAAAAAGACGAGCAAGACCAUAACUGA